UAUUCUCGCAAGACGAAGUGCAUGGUUGGUUACUCGAGCAAGUUGAAACUUGAAAGCUAGCCGUAGCUGAUAGUCGUAACGCUCGGUUUCUCGCUCUUGUGCUGACGAUUUAGCUUUCAUUCAAAUCUCCUCAAAGCGAUCAUCGUUCAGAUGGCGAGCUCAGUAUCCAUGCAAUCCAUCUUGGUGAACCCCGUGGCCGUGGGGCGCCUCGGUCACAGAUGCAGGCCAUCAAGCAUGGUCUUCCCCUCUACAUACUUCCCACGCCAACAAAAGAAUGGCUGCACUCUGCAAGUUCGCUGCAUGGCUGAGGAAAGCCAGAAAGAGCAGAAGUCAUCGCCGGUGAGUGCUCCCCCGUCACCACCCCAGCCCACCUCCCCUUCUGCUUCACCAAAGGUCAGCACCAAAUUUACAGACGUGCUGGCGUUCAGUGGGCCCGCACCCGAGAGGAUCAACGGCAGGCUUGCGAUGAUCGGGUUUGUAGCUGCGAUGGCAGUGGAGCUGGCCAAAGGUGACGACGUGGCGGCACAAUUGGCGAACGGAGGGCUUACAUGGUUCUUGGGGACCACGGCCGUGUUGUCUCUUGCGUCGUUGAUCCCGUUGUUCAAGGGAGUCGACGUGCAGUCGAAAUCGAAGGGUUUGAUGACGUCCGACGCAGAGCUCUGGAACGGGAGGUUCGCCAUGUUGGGCCUGGUGGCACUGGUCUUCACCGAAUAUGUGAAGGGUGGGGCCCUUAUUUAGAUCUUGAGUUUUGGGCUUUUUCUUUUUUUUCUUUUUUUUUGGGCUUUGGCUUUGGCCUGCCGCUGAUUUAUUGAUGAGGCUGGCUUGCUGCUUGAUGCUUUGUAGAAAAAAGAAACCAUAGAAGAAGUGUAUGAAUGAUUGUGAGAUUACAUAACAGAAGAAGCUUUAGAUGUGGCAUUUGUAUUCAAUUUCAUUAUGCAGUUAAUUAAAGUUACAAUGAAUGAAAUUACCAUUACCAAUUUCA